CACGAUACUAACUAACUUAACAAUAUCCCAAAGAUUCAUCACAAAUCAUUUUCAUCUCAUACUUUUUAGUUAACCAAACAGAUCUUUCAUCAUCUGCUGAAAAAUUAAACCAAAAUUAAAAUUAAGAAACCAUAAUUAAUAGAUGGUAGGUGAGUAUUACUAUUAUAACAGUAUUAAACUACCAGUAUUAAUUUUGAAUUUCAUCAUUACACAUGAUUUCAAUUCUCAGAACAAUAACAACAUCGUUAAUACCAACACGAAUUUCUGUCACAAAAUUCAUGGAUUCUUCUUCUUCUUCUUCCAACGCCAUUAUUGGUGGAUCUGAGAGGCUUCUAGCGUUGGCACAUCAUCUUCGUCUCUAUAAACCACCACCACCUUUUGCUGAGGAUAUUUUGGAACAGAGUAUUGAAGAAAAUGGUGGCAAAGUUGUUUCUCAAUUAGGUUUUCCUGAAUCAGCUACCACAAUUCAAAAUCCAGAAAAAUUUAGUCCUAAAAAAGCUGCUGUUUUGAUUUGUUUAUUUGAAGGUGAUGCUGGAGAUCUAAGGGUUAUUCUUACUAAACGAUCUUCUAAGCUUUCUACUCACUCGGGUGAAGUGUCAUUGCCUGGCGGGAAAGCGGAUGAAGGGGAUAAGGAUGAUGGGGACACUGCAAAAAGAGAGGCAAAGGAGGAAAUUGGGUUGGAUCCUGAACUUGUCAAUGUUGUUACUGUUCUUGAACCAUUCUUGUCUAAGCACCUUCUAAGAGUAGUUCCGGUCAUUGGCAUACUCCAUGAUAAGAAAGCGUUCAAACCUGUUCUGAAUCCUGCAGAAGUGGAAUCAGUAUUUGACGCACCUUUAGAAAUGUUUCUCAAGGAUGAAAAACGGACUCAGGAGGAGAGAGAGUGGAUGGGAGAGAAGUAUUUGAUACAUUUUUUUGAUUAUGAUGACAUCGAGAAUAAAAAAUAUCUCAUAUGGGGUUUGACAGCUGGGAUUUUGAUUAGGGCCGCAUCAAUUGUGUACAAACGGCCACCAGCUUUCAUAGAGCAGAAUCCCAAAUUCAAGGUUCCACAGGUUGUAAGCAAGGGUAGUUCAAUGACUUGAGUUCAAUAUCUAUUUGUAUCAUAUUGUUCUCGAUAUAUAUGUUCUUUUCUUCAUCCUACAACAAUAUUCGUCACAAAUAUAAUUUAUAUUGCAUGAAAGAAAGGAAGAGGGUACUAUCCAUCACUUGGAAUUCAUAUUCCUGCUCACCUUGUGUUAGAACUUAGGAUAUCUAAGAAAGGGAUGGGAACAAUGCCGGGCAUUGCGGGAUCCGGUAUAAUAAAAUGUUGUAAAAGCUUUAUUCUAUUAAAGAGAUGAAGCAAAAUGAACUUGGAUUGUUUAUAUCAUUUUUAAUCUAUAGAUGUGAUGGCAAUUUGCUAUUUAAGA